GCAUAAACAGGAAAUCGUUUUGACAUUACGGACAUACAUAACCUUUCAAUCUUCCGCUAAUGCAUAUUGGUAUCGCAAUUUUACCAAUUUCUAUUGUUUUAACAGAAUAGUUCCUCUAAUUUAACUUUUUUAAAGGUAGCAUAAAUUAUCAAAAUGGAAGGAUUUGAGAUAAGAUUGACAAGCAGCAAGAAGGGUAAAGGACUCUUUGCAACGCAGAAAUUUGAUCAGGGUGAUGUUAUUUUAGAAGAGGAUCCCUUAGUGUCGUGUCAGUUUGCUUGGAAUGCGGCCUACAGAUAUUUAGCAUGUGACUACUGUAUGAAGCCACUAGAAACUCCAGAACAGAAUGUUAGGCGACUAUCAUGCAAACCAGACAUAGUUCUGCCUCAUUCUGAUAGAUUUGAACUGAACCUUGAAAGCAUAACAAGCUGUGACCAAUGUGGCGCCCUCUACUGUUCCGAGGGAUGCAGACAGAAAGCUUAUGUGAUAUAUCAUAGAAUAUUGUGUCACAAUCCGAGUGAUGCACAACAUCCUAUUGUUGUUCUCAUGGAGACAUGGAAACAAAUGCACUAUCCACCAGAAACAACAAGUAUAAUGUUGCUUGUAAGAAUACUGGCCUACAUACAACAGAGUUCAGACCCAUCUGCCGCUAGAGCGAAAGUGAAGCAGUUCUGUCACCGCACUGAGAACGAGGACGCUGAGUUAGUACACAAGUUGUUAGGAGAACAGUUCACACAUCAGAUGAAUACAUUGCGAGAGCUGACCUCUCAUGUUGUUAGCGGAGAUGAAGUUCAGGAGUUUUUAACACCAGAAGGAUUUUGCACCCUAAUGGCGUUGGUGGGCACAAAUGGACAAGGCAUUGGUACCAGUCCCCUAGCUAUGUGGGUCAAUUCUGUGUUGGAGGUAACAAUGUCUGAUGAUGAGAGGCAACAACUGGAUCUGUUCAUUGAUAAACUCUAUCAAUAUGUGGAAGAAGAAUCCGGCUCGUUCCUCAACACAGAAGGUUCCGGACUCUUCCAGUUACAAAGUUCAUGCAACCACAGUUGUGCUCCUAAUGCCGAGUCAACAUUCCCCUAUGGCAACCAUAGAGUGCAGCUCAAAGCAUUAAAACCUAUAAUGCCAGGUGAAGAGAUCUGUAUCAGUUAUUUGGAUGAGUGCACCCUGCAAAGAUCACGACAUUCACGGCAAAAGGAACUGGCCCAGAACUACCUAUUUGUGUGCUGGUGUGAGCGGUGCAGCUCUCAAGCGUCGGAGCCAGACUGCACCAGCGAGGAGGAGAUGAGCGAUGAAGACAUCGAUGCAGAUGACUGAUGUUCCAACCUACUGGCCUUUUGCUUGCUCGGCUUAUGAUGCAAUAAGUGCAAAAGGUCCAGGAAUUACCAAAACGGUAAUAAGAAUAACGAAUCAAGGGUUUGGUUCGGGGCAAUGGUAAUAUUUAGUCUUAUAUUCGUUGCUUUGUUCACUAAGAAUGUUGUGUUUUUAUAUGUUGAGUUGAUUCUGUAGUAAUGGUCUAAGAUGUAUAGGAAUGGAUAAGUGUGAAUAUGUCUACACAGUAAAUAAUUAAGAUUAUUUUCCUCAACAAUCUGACCAGGGCCUCUAGCCAAAUGGCGCUUGUGUACCGUGACAGUAAAAAACUUUAUGUAUGAGGAUGACAUUGACAAGUGUCAAAAUUUACGUCAAUCCUAUAUAAUUUAGUUUUCUACUCUACAAGUAGACAGGCGCUAAAUAGUAUGGCUAAAGACUCAGUUAAGUGUUCGGUUCUUGAAUUCAAAAUGUCUUUCCAUGACACUCUUCCAGCUCCCUUGGAUAAAUAGUAUCUAAAGUUUAGUUCAACGAGUGAAUGGAAAAGGCAAAGUAUAAGGUAUACGUUAAUUUUUCUGUUCGCUUGUUUGAUUAAUGUUUCAGUACAGAAGUCUAUAUAAUUUAGUAAUUACAAACAUACAGAUAAAAUAUACAUGUUGGUAUUAAAAUAUUUCUAUUCUACUCAUAAGUAGGUAAAUAGAUGUUACUAGUAGUAUAAUAAUAAUAAUAAUUAUUGUUAUUAGAAAAUUAUACUAUUAAAUGAAUUGAUACUUCCAAUACAGUGUGAUUCCUGUACAUAGCUUUUGUUCUAGCACAAUUUAGUACAUUCUCAACUUUGGUGUAUAAACUUUAACUCAAGAUACUUUAUCAGCUGUUUCAUAUUGAACUUUAUUUCAAAGAUAUUAAGAGCGAGAUUUUUAGAGCAAUAUAUUUUAUUAUGACAUUCCUUAACGGCACUAAUCAGAGUAUACUUAUAUAUUAGUAUGUAUAGUAUAAAGUAUAUAGUUAUUAUAUAUGUCACUAUACGUAAUUAUAUUAGCACUUUAUGGUAAUGCUAUAAUGAUAACGAAGCUAAUCAAGGAAAUGUUUUGAUGUCUGUUUGGCAAAAUUAAACUUUGUGUCGCUGGUAUAUGGUUUAAAAUUGGUGUAGCAAGUAGCUUAUUGUAUUUUAUUCAUGUGAAUAAAGAAUUGAAACUAUAUAUUAGCUUCAAAAGAAAUAUAAAGAUGUUGUUUAGUUUGAAAUAAGUAUUCUCCAACGAAUAUUGAAUUAUGAAUAGGUAUUGAUGAAUAUUAAAUGAAUGAUAAAGGGCCCAGAUAGUGGCAUUGGAGCAAGUAAUCGAAUUUUGUAACGUAAAGCCUCAGAGAGUCGGCCUAACAUAUAACUAUAAUUAAUAAUACUAAAUAGUAGAUAUUUAAUGUAUUGUUCUCGUGUCAAAUUAUUGCAACGAUGCACAAUUUUUGUAGUAAAUGUAGUAUGAAAACACCUGGAAGGGAAUAGAAUGAUGUUACUAGUUUAGAAAUCGGUAGCUGUUUGAAUUAAAAGUAUUUCUAGCAUGCAUUGAGUUUCUAUAGUUGGACGAUAAUGAGCUCUAAGUUUAAUUGUUUUAAAGCAUAUUUCGCAAACACACAGGGCCAAACUUUUGGUGACUAUGAUGAACACAGUUGCACAAUGAAAUUUUCAUUAACAGUUCAGCGCUUUCUCUACUUAAGAUUGUUUUCUAUGAUCUCCACAAUGGGGAUGAUGACAGGGUAUGAAAAUUAAAAAUAUAAUUAGUCCGUAACUUAGGUAAUAA